AUGGUUGAGUUAGAGAGGUAUGUAUUUAAAUUGACUAUCAGCAUUAUUGAAUAUCCGACCUCGUGCCAUGCCAACAUACCCAAUGAUGUGUGUAUCAUCAAGCUGUCAACGAAAACUCGACUUUCAGACCAGUUCUCAACUGCUCGCUCCAUCAUGAGAACCAAAGACUACGGUAACGAGGAGGUUUCUAGUGGUCUAAAAUCCACCAAGCGUUUCGAGAAAGCGUGCUUGAGAUUACGGAUAGACAUAUACAUGACAUGUCGACAAGAAUGUCACGCACAAUUGUCACACGUCCAACCUCAUUUCCCGCAGAUUUUCGACGAGAUGGAAGUAAUCAGAGGUUUCUGUGAGGAAAUUUGGUCAGACAGCGGAACUCGACAGCUCUUGACCAAUUCACCUCCGUGGGUCCCCAGCAGCUUCAGAAAUGGUUACUUCGCUGAGAGCGCGGUUCCAGAAUGA